AUGAGAUUUUUUAGAAAUCAACUUUCUUCUGCUUAUAAAAAUGAUGAAAUAAGAGAAAAAGUUUUUUUCGAUUUGGUACCGUUCGGUCACGGUAGGGUUCAAGAAAAUCCAUUUGUUGUUAAAUGUCAACACGGACCGAAAGAAUGUUUGGGUAACGUUUUACACGCAUGUUUUUACUCACGUCACGAUAAUAAUGAAAAACAAGUUAAUUUUGGUGUUUGUACGAUGUCAACAAACAAUCCACCAACGGCUGGACAAGAAUGUGCUAAAAAAUUAAAUUAUUCUUACGACGGUGUUGAAAAUUGCGCUUCAGGUACGGAAGGUGAAAAAUAUCAAUUGUUAAAUGGUAAAAAAACUCUUGAUUUCAAACCUAAAAUUAAAUUUAUACCGACAAUCGUUUUUAACAACGUUUACGUGGAAGCAGAUCAAAAUGAAUCCCUUAAAAAUUUUGAAAAACUCGUUUUAAACAAAUUGAAAAAUUUGUAA